AUGUUUUGGGAGCCAGUAAAUCUGAAGUGGAGCGGUGUCUUGCAACUCCCCAAUGUCAACUCAUCGCUCUUUGACUCCGACGGAACCAAAGCAGUCGAAGUGACCAUCAACGACAAAUCCAUCUUCAACAGCCAAACCGGCUUCCGCCGUGCCGAACUCCUCCCCCUCUCCAACAGCGGCAGCGACGCCUCUACCACAGGAGUCAAAACCAUGCACUUCUCCAUCAUGAAAGAUACCACUCGUCCCCUCAACAGCUCACACGAAUAUCAACUCUUCUUCCUCGAAUCAAGCGACUACAGUACCAACCAGGUCGUGCUCAAAUACGGAAGUAUCAUCGGAGGGAAUCCCGGAGCAGCGAAUCCAGACUCGCUGUUUUUGCAGGGGAAUGUCAACUCGAAGCCGAUUAAGACGAUUUUUUCGACAAAAUUUACGCCUGCAACCUGGCAUAAUUUUGGGUUGACACUGGAUUUUGUGAAGGGAACGACACAAGUCUACUACUCAACUGGCAACAAACCGCUAGCUGCCGUCAGCACGGCACUCACAAACAAUGUUGCCGGGCAAGGACAAUACCAUUUCGGCAUCUUGAAGAAACCAGUUAAUCCUGGCUCAGACAUCACGAAGAGUGGAAAACAGCCUUCUGGUAUCAAUGAGGGUGUUAUCUUCGGUGGUAUUUUUGAGGAGGAUAGCAGCUCGAACUCCUGCGUUAGCUUGAGUUCAUGA